CCAAACUGAGAAUCUGCAACUGAUAUUUUUCUUCUUCUCGUCCCCACAGUAGCCAGAAUAGGAUAGAUCGUAGAUAGAAAUCUUAGGGGCUUUGUUGAUUCUUGUCUUGUGUGCUGAGAAAUGGACGCCGCCCAAGAAACCCGCAACAAGGAGGCGUUCCGGCACGCCGUCGUCAACACGCUAGAGCGGCGUUUGUUUUUUAUCCCCUCUUUCAAAAUCUACGGCGGCGUUGCCGGACUUUACGAUUACGGCCCACCCGGAUGCGCCGUUAAGUCUAACGUCCUCGCCUUUUGGCGGCAGCAUUUUGUCCUUGAAGAGAACAUGCUAGAAGUCGAUUGCCCUUCCGUUACACCGGAGGUUGUUCUAAAGGCAUCAGGCCAUGUCGAUAAAUUCACUGACCUCAUGGUUAAAGAUUUAAAGACUGGAAGAUGUUACAGAGCGGACCAUUUGGUCAAGGACUAUUGCAAAGACAAGAUCGAAAACGACCAUAAUCUCAGCGCUGAGCUGGCAGCAGAACUGAGGCAUGUGCUCGCGGUAUUAGACGACCUCUCUGAGGAAGAGCUCGGUGCAAAAAUAAAGAGUUACGGGAUUACUGCUCCUGAUACAAAGAAUGCUCUAUCGGACCCUUAUCCGUUCAAUUUAAUGUUUAAGACGUCCAUUGGUCCAUCUGGCUUGAGCCCCGGGUUUAUGCGUCCCGAGACAGCUCAAGGGAUUUUUGUGAAUUUUAAGGACUUGUACUACUACAAUGGGAACAAGCUCCCUUUUGCGGCCGCACAGAUUGGUCAAGCUUUUCGUAACGAGAUUUCACCGAGGCAGGGUCUUUUGAGGGUCCGUGAAUUUACGUUGGCAGAGAUUGAACACUUUGUAGACCCCGAUGACAAAUCUCACCCCAAAUUUUCUGAAAUUUCGAAUUUGGAAUUUCUAAUGCUCACAAGAGAAGAUCAAGUGUCUGAACGACCGGCGAGAAGAAUACCUAUCGGAGUAGCAGUUUUGGAGGGGAUUGUGAAUAAUGAAACCUUGGGUUAUUUCAUGGCUCGAGUGUACUUGUUCUUAACCCAUAUUGGUAUUGACAAAGACCGGUUGAGGUUCCGUCAACAUCAAGCAAACGAGAUGGCACACUAUGCUGCCGACUGUUGGGAUGCUGAAAUUGAAUGCACGCAUGAUUGGAUCGAGUGUGUUGGCAUUGCCGAUAGAUCAGCGUACGAUUUACGUGCUCACACUGAUCAUAGUGGCACUCCUCUCGUCGCACAUGAAAAAUAUCCUGAGCCUAGAGAAGUCGAGAAACUUGUUAUAGCUCCAGUAAAGAAAGAGCUCGGUCUUGCCUUUAAAGGUAGCCAAAAGAUGGUGGUCGAAGCUUUAGAGGCUAUGGGCGAAAAGGAAGCAAUGGAGAUGAAAGCAACUUUGGAAGCAAAGGGAGAGGCGGAUUUCAAAGUUUGCACCCUCGACAAAAAUGUGACCAUAAAGAGUAACAUGGUCUCGAUUUCCAAAGAGAUUAAAAAAGAGCAUCAAAGGGUUUUCACACCGUCCGUUAUCGAACCAUCGUUCGGUAUAGGAAGAAUCAUUUACUGUCUCUAUGAGCAUACAUUUUAUACAAGGCCUGCUAGAGACGGUGGGGAAGAACAAUUGAACGUCUUUCGGUUUCCGUCGCUAAUUGCUCCAAUCAAAUGCACCGUACUCCCUCUUGUUCAGAAUCAGGAGUUCGAGGAGGUUGCCAGAAGAAUUGCCAGGUCACUCACUGCUGUCGGGAUCUCGUACAAAAUCGAUAUUACAGGUACGUCGAUAGGAAGGAGAUAUGCGAGAACAGAUGAACUUGGAGUGCCGUUUGCGAUAACAGUCGAUUCAACAACAUCGGUGACGGUGCGAGAAAGAGACAGCAAGCUGCAGAUUCGAGUUAACGUUGAUGAGGUGGCAUCUGUGGUUAAGGACGUGACCGACGGUGUCAGCACUUGGGCUGAUGUACAGUGGAAGUACCCUACUCAUUCUUCAUGAUGUAGUAUGUAAUAUAAUUUCAUUUGCUUGUUUGCUCUUAGAAUUUGUGGUGUAAUUAGGUGUGGAAAUUGGAACAGAAAUUUCCGAAUUCCGCUGAUUUCGUUCCGGAUAUUUCUGAUUUUGGAACAUCAUUUGUCAUCCCGUAUUCAGAAACCUCAGAUUUGCUGUUGAGGUUUCCCACUUCAUGUUGAAUAAAAGAAACUCGUUAACUUAUUGCA